CGCACUUCGGCUGAAUUUAGACAGAAAACAAAGAACGCUCUAUAAGACUACACUGUACUACAGUUGAACAAAGAACACAGCUUAAGAAUGAAAUUCCUUGCGUCGAUCUGUUUGGCACUUUGCCUUUUCGUCGUUGCUUGUCAUGGUGUGCCGGUGGAAAGGGAAACCCUGCUGAGUAUUGAGAAGGCACAGCCAGUGGCGGUGGCGGCAGAGCAGCCACAACAGCUGAGACGCGUGGCGCGUCAUUUCGGCGGUGGCUACGGUGGCUAUGGCGGUUAUCCUGGCUUCGGCUAUGGUGGUUACGGCGGAUAUCCAGGUUAUGGUGGAUACGGUGGUUACGGCGGUUAUCCGGGUUAUGGUGGUGGAUACGGUGGUUACCCAAUUGGUGGCUUCGGUGGAUCUUACAGCAGUGCCAGUGCAAGCGCUAGUUCUGGUAGUUACUUUGGUUAAGUUGCUAUCCUUGGUGUGUUAUUACUUUAAGUGUUAAUUGAGCUAAUGUUCUUUAAUUAAGGUUAGAGAUAAAUCAUGUCUUAAAUAUGUAAUCAUUUGUAAAUUAGUACUAAAUAAAACUGUGAAAUUAUAGUGAAGUAGUCAUAUUUAGUAA